CGUUGGAACCAGUUCCAACCUGCCUUUGAACAAAACAAAAUUACCCACAAAAUAGUGCAGUACGAAUAUUACGCAGAAAAUACUUGCUCGCACUAUGCAUACCCUGUACGCGCUGCUCAAGAACAAGCUGAGCGAUGUGCAUCCGCUGCACAAUAUAGACCUGGAGCGGGAUGUGGCCUAUUUGAAGGCGGUGGUAACCAAGGAGAUGGAGCUGCAAUUCGACGCCAGCGAACUGGAGAUCAUCCACCACGGUCGCGUACUGGAAGAUGCGGACACACUCAGCCGGUCACUGCAGCCCAACGCCGUCAUACAUUGCUUCCGAAAGGUGAAGCGCUACUCGCCGUAUGUGCCGCCAGCGGCGACAGAGAUCAACACGAAGCACAUCCAGGAGCUGUUCUCGCUGACCUCCCACCUGCAGAUCAGCGUGACCUCGCGGUUCAACAUCCUGCAGAAGAUUCUCGCGGAGUAUCCGGAAUUCAGGCGCAAUCUGGGCGCCCAGGCCCUGAUCCGCGACUCCGUGCUAUUUAACGUGUUGCACGAGCCGGAGGUGGUCCAGAAUCUAGUCAAGGAUUACCCCCUCAUCUGUGAGGCUGCUCCAUUUAUUGUGGACACUAUUCGCAAGGAGCUGGCCAGGAAUAGCUCUGCCACUCAGUUUCAAGAACAGGCUGCCUCAGAGUCCACAACUUCGUCAGAGGAGGAGAACUCUCUGGGAGCAGGCAGCAGCAGCAGUGGCGGAAGCAGCAGCACCGCCGUAGCAGCUGCUGCGGCUGCCAAUCGGCGCGAUGAGAUGGCCAACAUCCGUCAGAUCAGCCGCCAGCAGCUAGCCAACGCCUUGGCCAAUGUGACCUCGUUCAACUCACUUUCGAAUAUUGCGCAGCGAAAUGCAGAUGAGGCACUGCAGGGUGACGAGAGGCCAAGGACCACUUCGGCGCCUUUGGCUGGAAUCGGAGGAUCAGUGGGAACAGGGGCAGCCAGCAGCAGUGGAGCCAGUAGCAGCGGUUCCAUCUCCUCGGAGCUGUUCCGCAAUGAGCUGGCUCGCGCUUUUCAAUCCCUGGCGCAGCAUCAACCACCGCCAGUGGAGAACAUGGAGGUGGAAACCGGCGGAGCACCAGUCGCAGACGCAGUCGUCCCAGCACCUGCCGACGAUGUUGAUGACGAGGACGAUGGUGGUGAUGACAGCGACGUGCUACCACGCUGCUAUCGCCGACAUCGGUUCACCGAACAACUGCGCACCAUGGCCGCCAUGGGCUUCAUCAAUCACACCCAAAACGUCAGCUACUUGGAAAUUUCAGAUGGAAAUGUGGAACACGCCAUUAACCUAUUGAUGUUGGGCAUGAACUGAGAGGGAUCGGGAUUGACUAACUUUACUGACUUAUAUUUAUUCUGCUGCUGAGGAUUCUGAAGCAUUCAACUCCCAACCUAAGCAAGGAAUAUCUCACGAGAACUUGUAAUAAUUAAAAAUACAUUUAGAGGA